CCUGUGGUGUCCACAAUGCCCCAGGCCUCUGAGCACCGCCUGGGCCGGACCCGAGAGCCACCUGUUAAUGUCCAGCCCCGAGUGGGAUCCAAGCUACCGUUUGCCCCACGGGCCCGAAGCCAGGAGCGCCGAAACCCAGCCCCUGGGCCGAACCCCAUGUUAAGACCUCUGCCUCCCCGGCCGGGGCCCCCUGAGGAACGGCUCAAGAAACUGGAGCUGGGACGGGGUCGGACCUCAGGCCCUCGUCCCAGAGGACCCCUUCGGGCAGAUCAUGGAGUUCCCCUGCCUGGCUCACCACCCCCGACCACCGUGGCUCUGCCUCUCCCUUCCAGGACCAACCUAGCCCGUUCCAAGUCUGUGAGCAGUGGGGACUUGCGGCCCAUGGGGAUUGCCCUGGGAGGGCACCGUGGCGCUGGGGAGCUCGGGGCUGCGCUGAGCCGCCUGGCGCUCCGGCCUGAGCCACCGGCUUUGAGACGCAGCGCUUCUCUCCGCCGCCUCGGGGGCUUUCCCGGCCCCCCAACCUUGCUCAGUAUACGGACGGAGCCCCCUACUUCCCAUGGCUCCUUUCACGUCAUAUCGGCCCGGCCCUCUGAGUCUUUCUACUCCGAUGACAAAAUGGCUCAUCACACACUGCUCCUGGGCUCUGGUCACGUUGGCCUGCGAAACCUGGGGAACACGGUGUCUCUAGGGGACAGCAGUCUGGAUGCUGACCACGUUAUUAGUGCUGUUCCAGCUUCAGUGCUCGGCAAGCUGCUCCCUGCGGAGGCUGCGCCUCUGGCCCGGGCCCUGAGCGCCAUCACUGCGGUGUCUGUGGCUGUGGUGAACCUGCAGUACCGAGGAGCCCGUCUGCCUGUGCAGGGAUUCGGACAUUUGGUGCCAUCCUCAGAAGACCCGGGCGUCCUGGGAAUUGUGUAUGACUCGGUUGCUUUCCCUGAGCAGGACGGAAGCCCCCCUGGCCUCCGAGUGACUGUGAUGCUGGGAGGGUCCUGGUUACAGACGCUGGCAGCCAGGGGAGCCGUCUUAUCUCCGGAGCUGCUCCAACAACAGGCCCAGGAAGCAGCUGCCACCCAGUUAGGACUGAAAGAGCCACCCAGCCACUGCUUGGUCCAUCUACACAAGAACUGCAUCCCCCAGUAUACACUAGGCCACUGGCAGAAACUGGAGGCAGCUACGCAAUUCUUGGCUUCUCAGAGGCUGCCCUUGACUCUGGCCGGAGCCUCCUAUGAGGGGGUUGCCGUCAACGACUGUAUAGAGAGCGGACGCCAGGCAGCAGCCCGGGUCCUGGGCUCGGAACCGGACAGCUGAUCCCCAACUCCCACCUCCUCCUGGCCCCGCUGGUGGCAGUU